GAAACCACGGAGAUGAACCCUUUAACGAAAGUGAAGCUGAUCAAUGAGCUGAAUGAGCGUGAGGCCCAGCUUGGGGUGGCGGAUACAGUGUCCUGGCAUUCCGAGUACAAAGACAGCGCCUGGAUCUUCCUGGGAGGACUUCCCUAUGAACUGCCUGAAGGAGAUAUCAUCUGUGUAUUCUCACAAUAUGGGGAGAUCGUUAACAUUAAUCUGGUGCGAGACAAGAAGACUGGGAAAUCCAAAGGAUUCUGUUUCCUCUGCUAUGAAGACCAGAGGAGCACAAUUCUGGCUGUUGACAAUUUUAAUGGGAUAAAAAUUAAAGGAAGAACUAUCCGAGUGGAUCAUGUGUCUCACUAUCGGACUCCUAAGGACUCAGAAGAAAUGGAUAUUGUGACCAAAGAGCUCCAGGAGAAGGGCUGUGGGGCUCACACCCCUUCAUCAAAUUCAUCUGAGGGCUCUGAAGAGGACAAGCCCACCAAAAAACACAAAAAAGACAAAAAGGAAAAAAAGAAAAGAAAGAAAGACAAAGAGAAGACUGAUCAGGAGGAACUGGCAGAGCAGCCAGCCUCCUCUUCAACUCCUAGAAGCAAGAUGAUAAAGGAAAAGGACAACCCUGGCUCUAAAAAGCACAGCAGCAAGAACUCAGAGAGGGGUCAGAAGCCAGAGUCUAGGGGGGUGUGGAAGCACCACCCCAGCUCCCCUGAGGUCAAGACAACCUGCCGCGGGGGAGUAGAGGACCAUGAGCAGGAGCUGAAGAGGGAGAAGCCCAAGCAUGAGCACAAGUCCUCAAGCAGGAGGGAAGAAAGAGAAGAAAAAAACAGGGAUAGGGACAGAGGUCGAAGCUCAGACAUACAUUCUGGCUGGCACGAGGGGCAUUCUGAGGGACAUAGCCGUAGAAGUAGAAGUAGGAGCCGAGAUAAAUCCCAUAGGCCUAAAAAGGCCCGGCACUCUCGAGACCUGGACCCCUCAAAUCCCAAUGACCACAGGCAUCACUGAAGCUGAAGCCUGGGCAGCUACUCAGUGGAAUUAGAAAUGAACUACAUUUUUAAAAUUCAGUAAA